UCUCUCCAAUGGCUUCACCCACUCCCGGAAUCCUCCUCCGCCUCCUCCAGUCCAUCAACUCCGCCACCAAAGUCACUGGCGACCACCGCUCCGCCCUCCUCCAAGUCAUCGGCAUCGUCCCCGCCCUCGCCGCCGGCUCCGACGACCUCUGGCCCAAUCAAGGCUUCUACGUCCAGCUCUCCGACUCCCUCAACUCCACCUACGUCUCCCUCUCCGAGAAAGACACCGAUCUCAUCCUCACCAACCGCCUCCAGCUCGGCCAGUUCGUCUACGUCGACCGCUUCGAUUUCGACUCCCCCGUCCCCCGCGUCGCCGGAAUCCGCCCCAUCGCCGGCCGCCACCCGUUCGUCGGCUCCCCUGAGCCGCUCGUGGCGCGGAUCUCGCCGUCGAAGAGGGAGUUCGUCAUCCAGCCGGUGUCGGAUUCCGACCAGUCCGCCGAUUUCAUGGCGAUUUAUCUGUCGAAUAACAAGAAGCAGGAGCCGCCGGCGAGGACGGAGGUCAAGGAGGCGAAGAUCGAGAAGGGAAGAUCGCCGCGGCGGCAGCCGUUUGCGAAUAGAGAGAAUGUCACUGUGAGAGAGAAUGUGAACUCCGACGAGGGAAAGAAGGUAUCUGAUCGGCCGGUGGCGGCGAGAUUCUCAUCUCCGGCCACCGCAAAGAGGUCCGCGUCUGCGGGGAAGAAGAAUGUGGCUGUAGCACCGGCGGAGAGGGAUCCGUCGCUGGCCGGAAGAGGAAAGAGAUCGUCGUCCCCGGCGCCGUCGAAAUGCGUGGUUCCCAGCUUGAUGGUGGCGCGUGAGGAGAAUCGGAAGGUGGCGAAGGAGCCUUCGAUUAUUGUGCCGUCGAGGUACCGGCAGCCGUCGCCAAUUGGGGGGCGGAGGCAGGCGUCGCCGAAUCCCAGAAGGGCUUCAAUUUCUCCGGGGAGGAGAUUGUCUGUUGGAGGAGCGAAGGACUCUGCUGCAAGGAGGAAAAUGGCGACAAUUGUCGCCGGAAUUUCGAAGAUUUCCGAUACAAUUUCGGGCUCCGAUAAGAAUAAUCGGAAGGGAUGGGACGAGUCGCCUAACGUGGACCAAAAGGAGAAGCCUGCGUCCAAGAACAAACCAGAUGUUCAAGCUAUUUUGCGAACUCAGGCAGCUCUGUCGAGGCGAUUGAGCGAUGCGAAAACAACAAGUGAUGAUUGUUCGAGUGUGAAAUCGAAAGCUAGCUCACAUGAAGAUUCUCCAGUGCAAGAGAAGCCAAGCCAUGCAGCUCUGGGUAUUACUGUGCAUGAAAAGAAAUGGACUGAUGGAAGUGUGCCAUUAGAUGGAGUCUCUGCAGACCUUGCGAGGCUUGGAAGGGAAGCUAUGCAAAGGAAGGCACUUGCCGCCACAGCUGCCGCUGAAGCACUAGAGGAGGCCAUUGCUACAGAGUCUCUUGUUAGAAGAUUGAGCAUGUUUGCGGAAUUAUCUUCUACAUCAAUGAUUGGGAAUCCUUUACCUGCAAUUGACCAGUUCUUUAUGAUUUAUGAUGAUGUUGUAAAAUCAACAAGUAGUCUGGAGUCAAUUACCAGCAACCGCAAUUCCGAUGCACUUUGUGAUAGCAUUCCAACUGAGCAAUCAAAAUCAGUUUCUCUUUGGGUUGAAGCUGCAUUGGCUACUGAUCUGGGAGUGGUCUCUCUUCUUGGCCCCCAAGAUCAUGAGGCACCACUUACCCUACAGAAAAGUUUGUCCAAACGACAAUCUCUCAAUGCCAAAGCCAAUUUGAAGAUGUCUCCUUUGUCGCCUCAGUUCAACGCUGGUGUUGGGGAGUGGAAGAAGGGUAAUGGAAUGACAGAGACAGUUGAGCUCGCAAAGAACUUGCAGUCGGAGAUGCAAAUGUGGUUUCUACAGUUUGUUGAGAAAGCCAUGGAUGCUGGUUUUCGAGUGUUUGGAGAAUGCGCUGCAGAUGGUGGUAAGUUACCUCUAGACUGUGGCUCCAUUGCAGCUGUCCUAUCACAGUUGAAGCGAGUUAAUGAGUGGUUGGAUCGAGUUGUAUCAAAAAGGAAUGGUCUUCUAAAUGAAAAGGUUGAUCGGCUCAAGAGAAAGAUCUAUGGCUUUGUUAUUCAACAUGUUGGGACAACAUUUGACAAAUCAUCACCUCUCGCUUCAUCUUGAUUCAAAUACUUACCCAAAGAUAGAGAUUUGAGUCUCUUUUCUAUUGAUUUACUUACUCCAAUUGAUUUAUGCUUUGUCAACUCCUCUUUGAGUAUGUAGAAUUGAAUUGCUUCUA